UCAGUCGCGGUCGAACCGCCACACAGAGAGCUUUCGUUCAAUUUAUAUUAUUUGAUGCGAAGCUUUCGCGGGGCUGUGAGCUUUCGGUUUUUCACACAAAAAAAAAGUCAAGAGAGUGAUAAUCGACAAUCAAUUCUGCCACACGUUCUUCUUAAUGUUUUCAGAUGGAUUUCUUUCAAAUAUAUUAAUGGUUUAAAAAACGAAAAGAAAAUUCAAAAAUUACUGGUAGGUCAAUUGCAGGCGAGGAAAUUUCGAUUUUUUUUUCUCCCAGUGAGUGUUGUUAGUGAUUUGAAUAAAAAUCGACGAAUUCGUAUAAAACAGAAUUUCUUUUUAAAACGAAAAUAUUUUCAUUUAUUGAAAUGGAAGUGAAGAAUAAUUCGUUUUUCAUUGAGAGUAAAAAAACUCAAUUACAAGGUGAAACCUCUUUCUGAGGGUAAAAUUUAAGAAACGAAAAUUUUAUCCAAAAAGAUGUAGGAAAAUUUAAUUUUUCUUUACCGCAAAAAGAAAUAAAGGUGAAUUCUUUGAAAAGGGGAAAAUAAUGAGUAGUUUCAUUUUUGUAGAAAAAAAGGUAAAAUUUUACCAAUUAAAAAGGUAAAAUUUCAUGUGAAACUUUUUGAAAACUACUAUUAAAAAAUAAAAUUUUCAAAAAGAAUUCUUCCCUAAAACGGAAUUUUUCGAUGAUAACACAAAAAAUGCCCUAAAAGGAAAUUGUUCAGUGACCCGUAAAUAGAGUGGUGGAAGAAGAAGAAGAAAAAAAGUGUGAUUUAAAAUUCAGAAACGUGAUAGAAUAUAUAUGUAUUUCAAGUACUGAAAAGUUCAAUGAGGCAUUCUCGAGUGGUUUGGCUGUCCAAAUGGGAUAGAUUUUUUCCUUGUACACGACGUAAGAGAAGGCAUGAUUGUUCUGUGCAAGUGUUCAAGUAAGAUAUCGUGUGAUAAUGCGAUAUCGCGAAUACAAGAAUUUAAAAAAUUUCCAAAUUUCAAAAAUUGUGAGCAUCAUUCAAUAAUAAUAAUAAGUGUACUGUGUGAACACUGCAUUUACAUUGUGAGAAAAUCACGAGAGAGAAAUCAACUUUUUUUUGCAAUAUCGACAGUUACAAGAAAACCAAGCGAAAAAGAGAAAAAGAGAGUGAAGACUGCAGUGAAAGAUAAUUUUCAGAUAAAACUUUGAACUGGACACCCGCUGUCUAUAUAGUAAGUUCCACUAAUUUCAUGGCUCAUUACAUAAAGAAAUAUUCGCUGUGCUGAAUAAUAAUUUAAGUCUAAAUUAUUCACGGCUUUAUCCGUCCUCAUGGAUUCACGACAUUUGGAACCUGCAUUUUCGUGCUCAGUUCGAAGAAAAAUGACGAUUAGAUGAGCAGCUCCGGGGAGUAUCGGGCAUUAAGUAAAAUCCACACCUCGUCAGUAUUCAUCAACUUCCGAAUCAUGAGAUUGUUAAUUGUAAGCCAGAUGAUUAGUUCAUCAGUGACUUAAAUUGAUAAUAUCGAGAGGAGAUCUCGAUAUCUCCAGAAUAAAAUUAAUCAAAGGAAAUGUCAAGCAGUUCCGAGCCGGAUGUCUCAGUAACAAGCAUGACAUUGUCAGAAAUGUUGACAAGCUCAGAUCCACGGGAAAACAGCACAAAUGACACAUUAUCCCUGGAGGAACCAGAUCUGCCAAUAGCCAUAUUGAAAGGAUGUAUCCUUGGUUCGAUAAUCCUCUCGGCCGUUUUCGGCAAUCUUCUCGUAAUGGUGUCCGUAAUGAGGCAUCGAAAAUUGCGAAUAAUCACAAACUAUUUCGUCGUCUCAUUGGCCCUAGCUGACAUGCUCGUAGCAAUGUUCGCAAUGACAUUUAACGCCAGUGUGCAAGUGACUGGUCACUGGUUAUUUGGAUAUUUCAUGUGCGACGUUUGGAAUUCAUUGGACGUUUACUUUAGCACGAGCUCGAUACUUCAUUUGAUGUGCAUCUCAGUCGAUCGUUAUUACGCCAUUGUCAAACCACUCAAGUAUCCGAUAAAUAUGACAAAAAAAGUGGUAGCCUACAUGCUAUUGGCAUGUUGGGUAUCACCGGCCGUCAUAUCGUUCGUGCCAAUAUUCAACGAAUGGUACACGACCUCGAAAAAUAGCGCGUUCCGUCACGAUCAUCCUGACGUGUGUGAAUUCAAAGUCAAUAAAGGAUACGCAAUUCUUUCAUCGAGCAUAUCCUUUUGGAUACCGUGCACAAUUAUGUCAUUGACAUAUUUGGCGAUAUUUAAGGAGGCGAAUAAGCAGGAGAAACAAAUGCACAGUCGCUUGGGCACGGCAAUGUUAUUGAGCCAUCGGCCGAGCAAGGAUAUGAAUAAUAUUAAUGGAGAACUUAAUAGUGGGGGUUCGUCGAAAACAUUAACGCUCAACGAAAUUAGCACAGAUCAUCUUCAUACACCGACUAAAGAUAAGAAUAUCAUGAAAAUGAAGAGGGAGCACAAAGCAGCUAGAACAUUGGGAAUUAUAAUGGGAACAUUUAUUCUAUGUUGGCUGCCAUUUUUCUUAUGGUACGUCAGUACAAGUUUGUGCGGUGACGAUUGCAUCACACCGGAUGUUGUCAUUGCGUUAUUAUUCUGGAUUGGGUACACGAACUCUGCACUCAAUCCAUUAAUUUACGCGUACUUCAAUCGAGAUUUCCGGGAGGCCUUCCGGAAUACAUUGCAAUGCGCUUUUUGUUCAUUAUGCCGAAAUGAACCUUCCGACUUGGAUGCUCUUGAUUUUCGACGGCCCUCGCUAAGGUACGACGAUCGAACUAAGAGCAUAUACUCCGAGACCUACAUUAAACACAUCGACCGUCGAAGAUCUAGUGAAUUUGGAAGCAGUCUCUGAGACGAAACCAAAUUUAGAUUUUAAGUAAUCUCAAAGAAAAUAAAAAUCCCCCUUACCCCUCAUCAUUCUAAUAAUCCAAUUUAAAUCCACUUCUUUCAUCUAACCAACUCUCGUUCCCCAUCGUCCCCGUCCUUAUGCAUCCCAAUCACAUCGAGAAGCGGAAAAAAAUCUCCCGAUACACUCGUAAUAAUUGCCAAAAUAAAUAAUCGCGAUGUUUGCGCAUUAGUUUAUAAUCGUAUAUUGCCAAAGUUAGCUUUUAAGUGAGCUUUAAUAGCCAAUGACGCGUUUCACGAAGAAAUUAAAAAAAAAAUGUUAUGAA